UCAACUUGGAGACCUGAGAUCUAAUACGACUCUGAAUUGCACUUUCUUCUCUACUAUGUAUUACUUCGUACCUCCGUUACUCUUGGCUUUUUCGAUCUUUUUUCCCCUUCUUUCCUUCUCUUUUUCUUCCAAGGCGGGCCUUCUUGUAUUCUAUUAGUCAAUCCUCAAACUUGGGUUCUUGGUAUUCAGUUCAUUCCGUCCUGUCGUUUUCGGUGUACCCAACCAGAUACGUUUUUGGGUGACUUUAAUAAUAUUCGUCUUUCUUUUAUCUUGUUCGCAUACUGGUUAUGUUAUGAAUUCAGGAAAAGUGCUUGGAUGCAGAGCAUUUCGGCGUAUAGUAAUAGCUUCUGAACGAUAACAUGCCGCCAUCUAACAGGAGACGACAAUCCCAGGACGCUCAACCAUGGAGGGGGUCACCAAAAAUGGGUCAGCGGUCGACGUUAUUCUCGCGUAGGAGUUUGGAACGUAGGAAUACCGAAGACGAUGCUACUAGCACUAGAAAUUUGAGAGCACGACGGAUUGUUAUUCGAGGCGACCACGAGAGCGACAGUGAUUCAGACGAUGAUCCUAAACAUGGUCUGGGAGACUUGAGUGACGAUGACAGCGAUGACGACGAAGACGAUAAGAUCAGCGAUUCUCCACAGAAAACAACUCAGUUACCUACACCAAGCUCUUCGGGGUCUAUUGUUACUCUGACUGCGCUACCAAGUCGAACUACUACUCCGUUAACGAUCAUGACCACUACUCCCAUAUCUCAAUUAUCGUCUACUUCUAUACCACUACAUGUUCCGGUUUUUUCAACUCCUCCUAGUCUAGGGAAAGCAUUCCCUCCACAACAGGGUAAAGAGGAGCACGAUGACUAUGACGAUCUGGAAUCACCCAUCACUUCCCAGUUUGUUCCCACAGUCACCACUGGGCAGUUGUUUACGGAACCAACGUCAGUACCCGUAGCCUCAGAUACUGUGGGCGAUAACGAUGGGGGCAAGUAUAAAUGGCAUAAAGACCCUCAACAGCAACAGCAGGGUGUUUUGAAUCCUACAGCAGAGCACCUCCUCAUUGCCGCAGGUGCAAUAGGUGCUUUCAUUUUAUUCUGCUUUAUCGGAUGGAUUAUCUACAAGGUCAUAAAGAGGACGAAGGGUCAGGGCAUUGGUAUUAGCGGCGGUAUGGGAUCUAUCGACAAGUUCAAUGAGAAACGGAGAGGAUCGAUAGAUGACCGUACGUUAUACAUGGCUAACGAGGCGCCCCCUAUUUACGAGCAGGGAGAGCAUGGUACCAUGCAAUCAGGCAACUUCUAUGGCCCCAGUAAAGCGUAUUCACCAGGACCUGGGAGCAUAGUACGUUCAGUCGCCUCAAAUUCCGAGGCAGGAACCCUUCGGCAGUCACCAGAAAAUAACCCACCGCUUGCGAGUAUCAUAAACCAAUAUAUUCCAGGAAAUGGAGGCGCCUCAAAUAAUGGCGAUAUCAACCUGACCAUGAGGUCUCAAGUAACCCGGCCAUAUUACAACGAAUCAGACCUUCCUCGACAACCACCAGAAACAUUUAAUGCGCCGAAACGGGCUGGAACCCGAGCUAGCGAAAUAUCGUCCAUAUCUUCUGGAUUUGGGGACGGUGACAUUAUUAUACCUCCGUCCUCAGGAGCGGACAAUCCCGUACCUGGUCUGGACGAGGAGAACCCUGCCGCUCGAGACUCAUGGAUGAGUCGGCCAGGCGAAAGGAGGGAAACGGUAUAUACGGAAGCGAGCGAGGACCGUCCAGCUCGGUUUCGCUCUAUAACCAGCUGGGUCAACCAGCAGGCAGGACGAGCGAAGAGAGCGGGUUCGAGGGCGCGGGAACGUGGAGAAGUGCCUGUUAUGCCAGCAAUCCCAGGCGCGAUAAGUGCAACACAACAGACCGCUUACCGGUGAUGGACGAUACUACUUAAUACCAAAAGAAUCCAACACGAUACUUUUACUCUUUUCUUCGUUGUCCCAAUCCAGGAACCCCCAAGGAACAGGAUCUAUAGCGAGACCAAAACGAAAAGGAAUUAUAAUCUAACUUUAAAAGGGGUACAUGACCUUGCGUUCAUUCGUGUUGGUCA